UGCUGCUCGUUUAUACGAGACCUUGGGUAUGCAAAGCACACAUUGGCCACCGAAGGAUCCCUGUCCCAUCAAUGCAUCCCCACCCCCGGGAGCUUCCUUAAAAGCAGGUAUCGGGGGACUGGUGAAGGGGCUGUCGGUGCCAGGUCCGGCCGCGAAGGUGGCAAAAAGAAGCCCCUGAACCAGCCCAAGAAGCAGGCCAAGGAGAUGGAUGAGGAGGACAAGGCUUUCAAGCAGAAACAGAAAGAGGAGCAGAAGAAACUCGAGCUGAAAGCCAAGGCCGCGGGGAAGGGGCCCCUGGCCACAGGUGGAAUUAAGAAAUCUGGCAAAAAGUAAGCUAUUCCUCUGAGGUGAUGAUGGUGACCCUCUUCCAUUCCUAUUUAAACAUCUGGAUCCCCUGCCAUAACAUCUUUGCCACCUACAGCUAGAAUGAAGUGUUAUCCUGGAGCCUGUUGAACAUCUGUAUUCCCUGCCAUAACAUCUUUGCCACCUACAGCUAGAAUGAAGUGUUAUCCUGGAGCCUAUUGUACAUUGUAAUAAACUUUUGUAGUAAAACAAAUACAAUGGCUCAUUGUCUCUAGUGUUCAGCAAUUCCUACUCAGCUCUGAA